AAUCGGUUAGUACGAGGUGGGGGAAAGAGACGUAAACGCGCAUGCGUGUUUAACAGAUUUACAGUGUCGGCACAAGUCCGUUGCGUUGCGCGGUGCCCUCCUGUGUUUAUCGUGCUCGUAAAAACAUGAUUCAAAUUUAGAUGACAAAUCACAAAGAAGGACGCGUUCUUUUGUUUCGAGCUUCCUGCGAUUUUGGAAAAUGUCGGAACAUGAAGCGCGAUCUCCGGAAAAUAAGGAAAGACAGGAAGAUAAGACGGAUCCGGGCGCUAGCAGGCACGGCAACUUCAUGAAUUAUUACCAAUUCCAUCCUGCGGAAGAGCGCGUGCGACAACUUCCGUGUGGCGUGUGGCACUCGACCCAUCCGGACCGGAAAUACGUAGGCCUAGACGUUGGCUGUAACGCGGGGGAUUUAACAUUCGCGUUGCACAAUUUUCUCGAGAAAACCUUAUCUACCGAUCAAGAUCUACCGAAGGAGAUUUGUUUGCUCGGCAUAGACCUCGAUCCUAUCUUAAUCGAACGGGCACGGGAACGCAAUCCACGGCCGAAUCGUAUCGUUUUCGAGUGUCUCGAUUUUUUGAUCGAGGAUCGUAAUGGAACACUGGACAAGUAUCUUCGUCGAUUGGGAAAGUCGCGCUUCGACGUUGUCUUCUGUUUCUCCGUUACGAUGUGGAUCCACUUGAAUCACGGGGACAAAGGACUGAUGGAAUUUUUGCAAAAGGCUUGCUCGAUCACAAACACGAUCGUGAUAGAACCUCAGCUCUGGAAAUGUUAUAGAAACGCGUCGAGAAGACUCAGACGAUCAAAGGGUGAAGAUUUUCCCUUAUUGAAGACGUUGAAACUCACUGGCGAUCCAGCAGCGCAUAUUGAACGCAUAUUGACUGAAUUUUGCAAUUUUCGAAGAGUCACGGUUACCGAGAACAAUGAGUGGAAACGGAGACUAUUAAUUUAUGAAAGGAUGUGAGCUACCGCUUCCAAGAUUGAUGAGAUUCCAUAUGUUAAUUAAAGUCAAACGACCGAACGACGAUUUUUUCUUAUGCGAAUACGAUUGGAAGUAUUAAUACGAUGGUUGAAAUAACUUUUGAUAGCUUCAAGUGACUCGUGAUUGUUGAUAAGUUGAUCGUCAUUGCAUACACUCGCUCAUUCUCUCUCUCUCUCUCUCUCUCUCUCUGUCAUAGGUCCGAUAAC